AUGGACGCAGACCCUCGCAACAGGAGCAGCUCCAAGUCGCGGGAGAUGCCUUCCGGCAGUCAACGUGUCGACUUGAACGCAUCCCAGUACUUCAAUGUGCAUUCAGGUGGAAUACUUCGUCAAAGCAUCUCCCAAAGGAACUCGUCAAUCUUGGCAAAGGGAAUCUCGCCACCACUCUCCGACUCGUCUAACUGCCCACUCUUCCUCCAGAGGUACUCAGGAAACUUACCAGGUAUCCUCUCAAACCAGCCAGCAAAUCAAAUUCUUUCUCACAGUCUCGCCGGGUCUCAAUACCCGUACCUCCCUCUCUUUAUCACUAUCCCUGAAGACUUGGUCACAAGCGUUCAGGCAAAACAUGCUCAGCGGCAGAUGGCAUAUCUCCCAUAA